UGCAAUGCCUACGGUUCAAAAUUUUUUUGAUCAAAUUCUAGAUAUUGUUUGUUUACUUUUUUAUCGGGCAAAUUGAGACUUUCAAGUUCAUACAGUGGACUAAUAAUGUCAAAAGCAAUUAAAUUAAGUCCAUAUUUAAAAGAAUUUCGAUUUCAUUUGUGUCAAAACUCCCAAGAGAGUUCAGGCAUUCGAGAAUUCAUCCAAAAGCAUUACGUGCCUAUAAAGAAAACUAAUCCUCUAUUUCCAAUAUUAAUUCGCGAAUGUAAAAACGCUGAACCAAAAAUAUAUGCCAGAUAUGAGUUAGGAAAAGAAUCAGUUGUAUCGGUUAAAAACUUAGAUAGUGCUAAAAUACUUGAGGUUGUUAAAAAACUUGCUAUGUAGUCUUCGUACAAAUUCAUGACUGUAGCUUUUGUUUAAAAUUUGCUAAUAAAUGUUAUAAAUAGUUUUAUUAUUUUGUUUGCUGCAUCAAAACUUUCUAAUUCCUUAAAAAGUAUUCAAUUCUACCAUAAAUUAGUUUCCAAGCAAUGGCUAGAAAUGAAGAGAAACAUUAUGGAAGGCUUAAUCGCCUAUAUUUGUCAGCUGAAAAAAAAAAGUAUGAAGAAGCUCAUCCUGCAAGACCUAAGUUAGAUUCCCUCCAUACUGUAGAAGAAAUUAAGAAAUGGCUUCCCAGCAUCAAACGAGAUAUAGAUUUUUAUUUAAAAAAAUCGCAGGUUACUUGUUAUUCUGAUCAACAUAUUGCAGAAUGCGGAGAAAAAAUUGUAAAGCUGGAAAGGGAAUUCAAAGCAUUUGUUCGAAAGAUAAAACAAUUAUCCCCAGAUGCUACAGAUCCUAUUCCAUGGACUAGUAGAGGUUAUAAACGGAAAUUCAAUGAUGAUCCUGUUGACGUAAGAGAUAAAAGUGAGUUUGAACCUAUUCCUUGUCCAAUUUUAGAACAAGAAAAGCCUAAAAAGAAUGAUCCUCCUGUAUUUUUUGUCAACAUGGACCUUAUGGACAAACCUUUAUGUUUUAGCACUAAUUUGAAAGAAAAUGAGAAUUUAAAGCCUUCAGUUAAGCCUCUCCAACAUGAAUGUAAUCCUUCUUCAUCUGAAUCUGUUGAACUUUCUUCUAAAGAAGAGUCGUCUAUUGCUCAUGCUAGUACGCGAAGAAUUGUUAACUAUGAAUAUUCCUCAGACAGUGAUUGCAGCUGACUUUUUAUUAGUAUUACUGAGUAAAAUUUUUUUAAAAACCAA